UGCGCCCCGCCCCCUCCCGGGCCAGCCACCUCCGGGAGCGGCUUCCCGGCGGCCGCCAUUGGCUCGAGCGCCCACCGAGCGUCGAGAGGGCCCGUGGGCUGCGCCGCGCCGCCUCGCGGGCUUCGGAAGCGGCGUCGGCCUCCCCUCCCACCCCCGCCCCGACGGUGCCGCGGAGCGCGGCCUUCCCGAAGCUUCGGCGCGGGCGCCCGCACCUGCGCGCGCGGCCGGCCCCCGCCCGAGUGCGCGUGCGCCGAGAGGGUCUUCCCGCACCUGCUCGCGAGACCCCAACGGCCGCGGGCCGGCAGCGGGCAUGGCGCAGCUCGGGGCGCACGGCCGGGCCCUCCUCGCCCUGCUGGCAUCGCUGCUGCUCUUCGGAGCGGUGGAGGCCGACGGAGAACGUGGCAUCUACGACUCUUGCCUGGUGUCGAAGGUUGUGGGCAGGUGCCGGGCGUCUUUUCCUCGCUGGUGGUACAAUGUCACCGAGCGCGCCUGCCAGCCCUUUGUCUACGGUGGCUGUGGCCGCAACGGCAAUAACUAUGUGACCAAGGAGGAUUGUGUGAAGAGCUGUGGCGGAGUCACAGAGAAGACCCUGGAUGGUGGCGCUGCCAGCAAUAAUGGAACUGAUUCCUCUGUCCUAAGUGCAUCCAUGAGGCAGGAAACAGAAGAAAAUCCCAUCGAUUUCAACUAUGAGGAAUACUGCGUCCCCAAGGCUGUCACUGGGCUGUGCCGCGCGGCUUUCACACGCUGGUACUAUAACACCGAGACAAAAUCCUGUGACGUCUUCAUCUAUGGAGGUUGCCAGGGCAACAAGAAUAACUAUCUCUCCAAGGAGGAAUGCAUGCACUACUGCUCCGGCAAACAGCUGAGCCUCUCGCUGCCCCGUGACGCCAAAUUGGUGGUCCUGGCCGGGAUCUUCUUCUUGAUCCUGGUACUCAUGCUGGGCUGCUCCGUGAUCUGCCUGAUGAAGGUGGCGCGGAGCAACCACGAGCACCAUCUGCAAACCAUCUGGAGCUCCAUGGACGACAAGGAGCACCUGGUGAAGAACACAUACGUCCUGUGACUGCCCUGUGGCCCAGCGCCCCUGCCCCAGCCCUGCCAUGAGCCAAGGAGGGAGGGCCCACUGUGCGCUUUAAAUAGAGUGAUUGUGCCCGGAGCUCCUGAGGGCUUAAGUCUGUGUUCUCUGGAAGGGAUCGGGCUGCUGCCCGGGGUUCGGCACGAGGAGCCCAGAUAAUGGCGCGGGCACCCAGCCAGGCCAGAGGCGCCACCCAGUCCUCUCUGUGCUCACGUGUGUUUCCUUCGCUUGUUGAAUCCUAGUGCCUCCUUUACUGUCACAGUGCUGAUGCUUCACUAGUUCCCUUUGUUUGAUACUUGGGUUUUGGUUUUUGUUUUUUCAGUAAGCAGAACAAAAGGUGUUUUUGUUUUUUGGGUUUUUUUUUUUUUAGAUUCUCAAAGAAAAAGAGUGAAAUGUACACGUUUAAUAAAAAAGGGCCUUCCCUUUUAAAAUGGU